AUGUCUGUUAAACUACUCCGGCUUGUCCCUCCUCCGACCGACUCCAUCACCAGUGCUAACACUCCUUGUCUCCUCUUCCAUUUCACUUUUAAUCUUUUUUCUCUCCGCACUCAGGCUGUCAAUCUAUCUUUCAGUCAGCCAACGACUCCAUCUUGCUUUCUAUAUUACUUCAAAUUCUUAUCUCUCUAUUUAUCAAGAUCGAGCACACUUCUUCGCUCUUUCAAUGUAAUUCUUAGUUCUCUCUCGGUUACUCGAGUCUUCUCUUCCUCACUAUCUAUCUAUCUAUCUAUCUAUCUAUCUAUCUAUCUAUCUAUCUAUCUAUCUAUCUCAGUCUAUUCAUAUCUAUCUAUUUAUCUAUCUAUCUAUGACAGUUUAUUCAUAUCUAUCUAUCUCAGUCUAUUCAUCUAUCUAUCUAUCUCAGUCUAUUCAUAUCCAUCUAUCUCAGUCUAUUCAUAUCUAUCUAUCUAUCUAUCUAUCUAUCUGUCUAUCUAUCUAUCUAUGACAUCUAUUCAUAUCUAUCUAUUUAUCUAUCUAUCCAUCUCAGUUUAUUCAUAUCUAUCUAUGUCAGUUUAUUCAUAUCUAUGUCAGUUUAUUCAUAUCUAUCUAUCUAUCUAUCUAUCUAUCUAUCUAUCUAUCUAUCUAUUCAUAUCUAUCUAUUUAUCUAUCUAUGACAGUUUAUUCAUAUCUAUCUAUCUAUCUAUCUAUCUAUCUAUCUAUCUAUCUAUCUCUUUAUCUCAGUCUAUUCAUAUCUAUCUAUUUAUCUAUCUAUCCACCUCAGUCUAUUCAUAUCUAUCUAUCUAUCCUAGUUUUGUUCUCCCACCUCCUCACUUCGCCUCUCUCUCUCCCUCUUUAUCUCUCUUUAUACAUUCUUUUCAUUUCUUUCCAUUCGUUCUAUCUAUCUCUUCAUUUCUACCCUAUCUCUAUCUUUGUUCAUUUCUUCCUCUCUCCUCUCUUUCCCUAUCUAUCUAUCUAUCUAUCUAUCUAUCUAUCUAUCUAUCUAUCUCAGUCUGUUCAUUUUCCCUCCACUUGCUUUCUGUUUAUCGCUCUCAUUCUGUUCACUACUCCCUUCAUAAUCUCUAUUUCUCUCUCACUCUUACUCUCUCUCUCUCUCUCUCUCUCUUUCUAUCUAUCUAUUUCUGUUUGUUUCUUCUUUCCCUCCUUUUCUUUUUCUCUCCCUUUCUCUCUCGUACUAUCCGAGUCCAUUCAUUUAGCUCUUACCUUCUUCCUCCUUCACUCUCUCUCACUGUGUUUAUUUCUCACCUUCAUAUGAGUUCAUUUCUCCCUCCGUCCCCCUCUGUUUCUCUCUUCAAAUCUAUCUAUCUAUCUAUCGCAGUUUUUUUUUCAUUUCUCCCAUCUCUCGUUCUCUCUAUCUCAUUCUGUUCAUUUCUCACUCUAUCCUCUGUUUUCUUUCUUUCUUUCUUUCUUUCUUUCUUUCUUUCUCGAUCCCCCCUCUCUCUCUCUAUCUAUCUAUUGUCAACUAAUAAAGAACAUUUAACCUCGCAUUAUUGCCACCAACCCACAUCCAAGAGUCACUCCCUGAUUACAUCUUAUCACUCUUCACAUCCCGAACUCUCUGACAAAACUUACCAGUUAUACUUUCUUUCUUUCUUUUGUUGGUGUUUUAAUCAUGUUUUCUUUUUUUCUUUGACAUUGUUCUUUCUCAAACUCUUUCUUUCUUUCUUUUCUUUCUUGAAAUUUUUUCUUUUUUUUUUUUUAUACUUGCUAUCUCAUGUUUUCUUUUUUUCUCUACUUCUAAACCAGUCCUUCUGUUGCUUUUGUAUCAUAUGUCUGUCUUUCUUUCUUGCUUUCUUUAUUUCUUUUUUCUUUCUUUCUUUCUUUCUUUCUUUCUUUCUUUUUUUUUGUUUCCUUAUAUUUUGGAUAAUGUUUUUUUUUUUUUCUCUACUUCUAAACCAGUCCUUCUGUUGCUUUUGUAUCAUAUGUCUGUCUUUCUUUCUUGCUUUCUUUAUUUCUUUUUUCUUUCUUUCUUUCUUUCUUUCUUUCUUUCUUUCUUUCUUUCUUUUGUUUAUACUUGCUAUCUCAUGUUUUCUUUUUUUCUCUACUUCUAAACCAGUCCUUCUGUUGCUUUUGUAUCAUAUGUCUGUCUUUCUUUCUUGCUUUCUUUAUUUCUUUUUUCUUUCUUUCUUUCUUUCUUUCUUUCUUUCUUUCUUUCUUUUUUUUUUUUUUCUUUAUAUAUAUGUUUUUUUUUUUCUCUUCUAA